AUGGUUGACAGUUGGCGUUCCGGUUUGCUUUGAUCCCACUGUGAUUGUAAGCUCGAUUUGAGCUUCGCUGCGAGCUAUCUUUCUUCAAUGCGUGCAGUCUUCUUCCUUGCUAGCAAUAGAGUGCGUUCGAAGAACGCAUGUUCUACCGCGCUUCCUCAUCACCUAUCUUGAAGACGUUCAAGGCAACCGCACCGACACCGGCCACGAGAACCCUAGCAUACCAAAAUGGCAACCAAAACACACCACUCACCACCGGCAACUCCACGCCUAGCUCCCUUCACCUCCAUACCGUUCACAGCCAACACCACACACGCCGUCAACACUCCACCACCUUUGAGCCUCCGCACUUCACAACAAUCCUCCAGAGGGUCUACGGCGCCCAAUACCUCGCUGAGCCAGCGACGCCGUAGCAACACCCUCUUCAAGACGCCCUUCCACUUCACCGUGCGUCGGCGGGCGUCCAGCACCACCACGCCCUCGCCCACGUCUUCUCCCCACAGAGCCGCUAGCGUCUCCUCCUCUUCUACCUCCAGCCUUCCACGAAGUCCGACAAGCACGACCUUCUUCUCAUCGCCUCUCGAAGGCCACCACAACCCCGGAACCGUAUUGCUACGCCGCCGCGCUUCGUCACCAUCCUCCAAGAGAGGGGAGCUAGACGAGAUGGGGUUUCCGUUUGGGAGAGCGGUAAAGGAAGGCAGUCGUCGCGGUCGCGAUCUGGGCUCUGCGGGUGAGAAUGCGAAGAGUAGGGGGAGUCCGACGACUUCGACGUCGCCGUCGAGCCACGCAACGUUCGACGCGCAUCCAGGGACGCUUGUGGACUUUAGCUCGCCGUCUUCUUUUUCGUCCGCCUCGCCGUACCAAUCCAGCACAGACACCCCAGUCUCAGCCCGGCAGCAACGCAUACCCUCAACCUCCUCUUCAGCAAGCACCACCGGCUCCACGUCAGAGAUCAGAGAGAACGCCUUGAGACGUGACGAAUACCACAGGUUCCUCCGCAUCACUGCUCGCUCAGACUGCGAAGGACGUCGGAGCUCUGCACCGACAGAUCGCGAGAUGACGACCAGAGGGACGGAGUAUGCGAGUUGGGAGGGGCUUAGAGGAGGUCUCCCUUCUUCGCCAGUUCCACCAGCUGUCCAGCACACAGAACAGAGGCAAGGCAGAGAGAGGUUGAAGAGUGGGGUGUAUAGGGCGCCGCUACAGACGGCGAGUAAGGAUGAGAAGGAGAGGGAGAUGGAGAAAGCAGAGAGGGGGCAGAAAGAGAGGUUGGCCAACAUCGACUACAAAUCCCGCAAACUGGUCCAACGAGAGCGCGCCAUGCGAGAGGGGCGCUGGGAGCCCAUUCCUCUAUCCAGAAGCGCUUCAGUCCCCUUUCCUCCCUCCACCGCCGACGAACGCAAGGCCAGUAGCAGUUCCGGCGGCUCAGUGGAAGGCUUCCUGAAGCACGUCAGGGGAAGUUUUGAGCAUCGCCGCUCUGAGAGCUUCAAUAAGGGGAAGGCAGACUAUAAUAUCUUUAAGGAGGAGUGGCAUGGCGUGUGGUUUCUGGGGCAUGGGGAUGAGAAGGUGUUGGAUUCGAGUAGGAGGGAGGGAUAGAAGACCUAUCCUCUUCCAAUAAGGUUCGGUGGACGAAUGGUGGGAGCGCAGGUUCAAGCUAGAUAGCUGAACAUUACGCAAAGAGCCAGACCAUCAUGAACGAGCUCCCUUUUGGCAUGCGAGGAAGACACGGCUCUUUGGGCGUUGAUAGACAGGGAGCUGAAGGCCUUCGGGCUAGAGCGGCCCACGACUUAGCGUAGGGAAGUGUUGCGGCUGGCAAGCAAGAAUCUCUCCAGGAGCUUUGGGCCUGGGGGUAUCCAUGAGGUCCAUAGUUCGGUAGAACUCCUAUUCGGGCGGCCC